CAUUUUAUUCAAUUCGAUAGAAAAGAACAUGUUAUUACAACGAAACUAAAAAGGUUGGGCAACAAUGAGUUAACCCGUUACUUAACUAUUUUUGAUAGAAAACGGUUUGGGCUUUCUAGGCCCAAUAAAGGAAUAUCGAAUGUGUGUAUAUACAUAUCACGAGAGGAAACCUAAACAAUCUAUUGAAAUAGCCACCGCUUGUUUCCGUCGAUCAAAAGUAAAAAAUAAUAAUAAUGGGAGAUUCCUCGGUUAAAAUGCUUGAGGGAUUCAGGAGGGAGCGUGAGUUUAUGGAGAAAGUGAGACAAUGUGGUGGGUUCGAUAUCGAGCAUUUGAUGAAAGCAAAACCAGGCCUUUGUAAUUUCGUGGCUUCGGAGACCACAAAGGAUAAACCCGCCCCCAGGUACAUCGUCCUAUAUGCUAGGUUGGGGAUCCACAAGUACAAUAUGAUCCAGGGGACUAACUUGGAGCUGCAUGGCAUAGAGAAGUACAAUGUGUUCCAUAAAGUACCUUAUUCCAUUUACUUUGUAACCGCAGUUGCAAAGGAUCCUGCUGCCGGCGGUUCCCUUGUAACUUUCCAGACCAGUUUUUAUGAAGAAGUCUUUGGGGUCAAGAGCUUGUCUUGUUUUAUUGCUAGGCCCAAGCCCGGACCUCAUGAGGAGGAUAAUGCUUAUAAUUUAUGGGUUCAAUCUGAUGAUGAAUUUGAAGACAAAAGUGAAUUGCCUGAGUGGCCGGGAGAGAAUGCUUUCGAUGAUAAAAAGCAUUAUUACGUGGUGAAGAAAUCAGAGCUUCGAGAAAAUGACUGGAUUCGUGUAUACCUUGAGCUUGCAUUCCUCACUGCACAUUUGAGCAUUCGAAGUCUUGAUCUGUCGAAGGUGGUCAUUACUAAAGUAGCGGUGUAUACUAGCGACGAGGACAUGGCUUUGCCAAACGAGAAACUCAAUGCCAGAAAUGCAAUUUUCUACAUCAAGUACAAGUACUGCCCAAAUGAAAAUGAGGCUCAUGGUUGCAAGCCAACACGUGAUGGCGUAGCUAUAGUAAGAAGAAACAUGGACAAGAUCUCUGGAGACAUCACUCUCUCGUUCCAGGGCGAUUGCAAAUACCUAAACUUAACCUAAAAAUUAGUUUAGCUUGAAAAUUUGGAUGGAGAAUCAAUAUACAUUUUAAGUAUUUUGGUGUUUUGAGUAUUGAUUAGCUAUUUUAGAUAUUUAUUUUUGACUAUUUGUAUAUAUUUUAAAAUAUUUUAGAUAACUUCAAAAUAUCUUAUACAUUUUAGAUAAUUUUUUGGAUAUUAUAUCUAAAAAUAGCUAACAUAUUCAGGUACAUAAUUCUAAUUUGGAUAUAUUUAGGUAUCCAAAAUAUCUUGGUUAGGAUCGGAUUUGGUUAUGAUUUUUUAGAUACCAAAAGUUUGAACCCGUUCGUAUAUUUAACUAAUUUUGAUUCGGGUACGGUACUACUUUUUUGGGUCGUAGCUGGUUCGAUUCUUCGGAUUCUCGGAUUUUUUGUCCGACCCUAGCAAAGCCAGAAAAAGUAAGAGUGGGUUCAGGCCCGUUUUUGGGCAAGUGCAAGUGAUGCUUAUGCAGGUAGACCUGCCCGUAAUAAACAAAUGAACACAUUAUAUAAAUGUAUUUAAAAUGUUUAACUUAUUCUCAACUAGGGUCGGCCCGCCCUACGGGCGGGAAGUUAGAAAAAAAAGUUAUUUUAUAUAAAUUUACAUUAUGAAGCAUUUUUUAAAAAACAUUGCGGGAUGUCCAAAAUAACGAAAGUCUUCUCUCUUUCAAUUGUCUUUGGCUUCAA